AUGAAUAAUCAAUUUAUCAAUUCAUCUAUAAUUAAUCAAUCUCAUCAAGUAACUACAUAUUUAGUUUUUGAUGAUAAUAAAGUUCAACUUGUUCAAAUAUCUAUUGGUAAUUCAAAGCCUGUUAUAUUUUUAAAUGAAGAUGGUAAAAUUCUUCAAGCAACACCUUUACCUGGUGCUGUAAUAGUUAAUCGACCUUUUAUACAUUCAUCUAAAAUAAAUGGACAUUACAUCAUAUUAUCUAAUUCUAAAAUCAGAAAUAAUAUUCAACAACAACAACAAGCUGCUAGUACUUCUGUUGAAACACAACAGUUACAUCGAAAUUGUUCACAAACGAUUACUACUGUUCAUACAAGUUCAUCAUUUGAUAAAGCACGACAUACUUUAACAAAUAAUACAGCAAUAAUGACAACAAAACAGUUAACAAGUAAUAUAAAUUCAUCAUCCUUUGUUCAACCAAAUUCAAUCAUUUCAACAUCGAUGUCUAAUGGAAAUACUUUACAAACACAUCAAAAAGAUAUAUCACCAAUAUGUAAUAAUAAUAAUAAUAAUGUACCGUUAGAUAAUCGACGACCAAGGAGAUCAUAUGAAUAUGAUCCAUUUACUAACAAACGAACAAAAAUUUGUUCAAGAUUGGAACCCAUAGAAUUAACAACAUCAAAUAAAACAACACCAUUAUUGAUACCUGAACAAACCAAAACAACGACAACAUUUAUUAAUUUAGAUCCACAUAUAAAUGCUUCUACUUCGUUAAGCUAUCCAAAUCAACUAAUUAAUCAUAGAAAUACAAUUUCUGAUUAUAAUUCUUCGUCAUUAAAAGCAUUUUCUACAAAAUUAUCAAAGAUAACAAAUGAAACAAAACUUGAACAUGUUGAAUCAUCAAUAAUUAUUGAAAAGUCAAUUAAGAAUCACCAACCAACAUCACAACUAGAUUGUGAUUUACCUACUGAUCCACGUCAAUGGACAAUUAAUCAGGUAGCAAAAUUUAUUCUACGAUUAACUAAUGAUAAAAUUAGUCAAGUAUUUUAUCAAAAUGAAAUUAGUGGUCAAGCUUUAUUACUAAUGACUGAAGGAUAUUUACGUACAAUUAUGAAAAUAAACCUAGGACCCUCAUUAACUAUAUCACAUGAAAUAGUAAAAUUACGUGAACGUGUCAAAACAUUCAUUUCUUAA